AUGGAUAAUAUACCAGCUAAAGGAAAUAUUUUGGGAAGCGUGGUGCCAGCGCGAUACAUCCUCGCAGUCCUGGGCUCCAUCGGCAUGGCUAUAGUAUAUGGGUUAAAGGUGAACCUGUCUGUAGCCAUGGUAGGCAUGCUGAACCAUACAUCCAUACGACUGGCGGCCCAAGCUGACAAAGUGGAACUGCAUGAUACUACCAACUACAGUGCUCCCGCUGAACUGGAGUGCGAACCGACACCAAGUGUCGGUAAUGCAACGGAGCUUGAAGGCCCUUUCGAUUGGUCAUCAGAAAUUCAAGGCAUCGUCCUCAGUUGUUACUUCUGGGGAUACUUUGUUUCUCAAAUACCUGGUGCCCGCGUCGCAGAGCUGUUUUCGGCAAAAUGGGUGAUGUUUUUCAGUGUAACUAUCAACGUUGUGUGCACUCUUUUGACACCUGUUAUGGCAGAGUUGCACUAUAUCGCAGUUGUAUUAAUGAGAAUUGGUGAAGGCAUUGGCGGGGGUGUGACGUUCCCCGCAAUGCAUGUGUUGCUAUCAAAAUGGGCGCCACCCGCCGAGCGCAGUGUAAUGGCGGCGCUCGUUUACGCGGGAACUUCAUUGGGCACUGUCAUAUCAAUGCUCAUGGCUGGUGUUCUCACUGCUACAUUGGGUUGGGAGAGCGUAUUCUACGUGAUGGGUGGGCUGUCGUGCGCGUGGUGCGUGCUGUGGGUGGCGCUGGUGCGGGACUCGCCGCAGCAGCAGCCGCUCAUCAGUAAAGAGGAGCGGGAGAUGAUCGUCACCUCGCUAGGCGGGAAGACCGAUGAUCACUCCGAGCAUAAGAAGCUGGCGAUGCCGUGGCGCGCCGCGCUCACGUCGCCCGCCUUCCUGGCCAUCCUGGUGGCUCACGUCUGCUCCAACUGGGGCUGGUAUAUGCUGCUCAUCGAGCUGCCCUUCUACAUGAAGCAAGUGCUCAAGUUCAACAUGACCGAGAAUGCCCUAACAACGUCUCUGCCAUUCCUGUCGCUUUGGUUCUUCAGUAUCGGUUUGAGCAGGACGCUGGACUGGCUGCGAGGCAAGAACAUCAUCACAACAACUACCGCUAGGAAGAUCGGCACUUUGUUUGCAUCAGCCGUCCCAGCAGUGUGUCUUCUGGCACUUUGCUAUAUAGGCUGCAACCGCGGAGCCGCUGUGGCUUUGAUGGCGAUUGGCGUUACCGGCAUUGGAGGCAUGUUCUGCGGCUUCCUCUCCAACCACAUCGAUAUCGCGCCUAACUUUGCCGGCACUCUCAUGGCUCUGACAAACACCGUGGCAACUAUCCCGGGUAUCGUCGUUCCUAUUUUUGUUGGAGUGCUGACACAUGGAAAUCAAACCAUAUCGGCAUGGCGUGUGAUAUUCUUCGUGACAAUAGGGUUGUACAUCGUGGAAAUAUUCGUGUACACGUUGUUCGGCUCCGGCGAGCAGCAGCCCUGGAACAAUCUGCCCCAAAAUAACGUUGAAGAAAACGCCGAAAAGAAACCGCUGAACAAGGAAACCGAAAAGACUCGUGUCUAA